GAGAAUUUUAAAUUUCUCAUAAAAGUCAAUAAAGACUCGUUGCUAUCAAAGACUGCCAAUUCUUUAUUUUCUUUUUCCUCAUCAAUUCUUUUCCCACAAAAAAAGGGAAAUAAAAACAGCCUAUAAACUUAACAAAGCAGAACGUCAGUGUAAAAGGCCACCAAGUUCCUUUUCACCCCGUUGAUUACGCUGAUUCCGUUGCUGCUGCUGCUGCUGUGACUGCUAACCCCAUUAAAAACCUCAUUUUUCCCUCUUGUCUACCUUCCGUAAUUGCCGCAAUAAAAAGUUAAGAGAGAAAAGGAAGUGACUUUGAGCAGAGAGUUUCUUUUCUUGAUCAUAUAAAUAUAAUUCAGAAUUUGCGUUGCUACUUCAGAACUAAACUUGACCCACGUCAAGAUUUAGCCAAAUUUCAUCUGGGUUGGUCUUGGUUUGCAGUGAAAGCUGCUCUCAUGGUGUUUCUGGGUAACUGACACGUGUCCACCAUGGGUUGUGUGGCGUCCAAGCAAACAGUGUCGGUAACUCCUGCAUUUGAUCAUUCAGGGGUUCUCAGAGACAGUGAAGAUGUCGGGUCGGGUCGUGGCCGGGUCGGGAGCGGUGCUUUUGGACUGGACUUUGAUUUGAAGAAGGUGAAGAAGAGGGCUGACUCAGGACUGAGUGGAGGGAGCGAGUUGGGUGAGUCAGGGAGAGCGAGUUCGAAUGGUUGUGGUAGUGAGUCAGUGAGUUUUAGGCUUGGGAAUUUGCAGAAAUAUGUGGAAGGAGAACAAGUGGCUGCUGGUUGGCCUGCUUGGCUCAGUGCUGUUGCAGGGGAAGCUAUUCAAGGAUGGGUUCCUCUCAGAGCUGAGUCUUUUGAGAAAUUGGAAAAGAUAGGUCAGGGUACAUACAGCAGUGUAUUCAGAGCACGUGAUUUAGAAAGUGGAAGGACAGUUGCCCUGAAGAAGGUGCGAUUUGAUAACUUCGAGCCGGAAAGUGUUAGAUUUAUGGCACGAGAAAUUAUGAUUCUCCGCAGGCUUGACCACCCCAAUAUCAUUAAAUUAGAGGGUCUCAUUACCUCCAGAUUGUCUUGUAGCAUGUAUCUUGUGUUCGAGUACAUGGAACAUGAUAUUUCCGGACUCCUGUCUCGUCCAGAAGUUGAGUUCAGCGAAUCACAGGUUAAAUGCUACAUGAAGCAGUUGUUGUCUGGAAUCGAGCAUUGUCAUUCUCGAGGUGUAAUGCACCGGGAUAUCAAAGGUGCAAAUCUUCUGGUAAAUAAUGAUGGAAUUUUGAAGGUUGCAGAUUUUGGAUUGGCGAACUUCUGUAACCUUGGGCGGAAGCAACCACUAACCAGCCGAGUUGUCACUUUAUGGUAUCGUCCUCCAGAGCUUUUGUUGGGUUCCACAGAGUAUGGAGCUUCUGUGGAUCUUUGGAGUGUCGGAUGUGUGUUUGGUGAACUUCUUACUGGUAAACCUAUUCUUCAGGGGAGAACUGAGGUUGAACAGCUGCAUAAAAUUUUUAAGCUCUGUGGAUCUCCACCAGAUGAUUACUGGAAGAAAUCUAAACUUCCUCACGCAACUCUAUUUAAGCCACAGCAUCCUUAUGAGAGCUGUCUUUGGGACACCUUUAAAGAUCUAACCAAAAGUGCAGUCUCACUCAUAGAGACUCUUCUUUCAGUGGAGCCACAUAAACGUGGAACUGCCUCUUCUGCCCUUGUAUCUGAGUACUUCAAGACAAAGCCUCAUGCUUGUGAUCCUUCAAGCCUGCCAAAGUAUCCACCAAGCAAAGAGAUUGACGCCAAACAUUGCGAAGAAGCAAAAAGGAAGAAGCCUAGUGGAAGAGCCCGUGGACCCGAGACAACCAGAAAGUCAACUAGAAAACAUAAUGCAACCAAUAAACUGGCACCUGAAGAGAAGUUACCGGUCCAAAACCAAGGUGUUAAUAAAACUAACGGCAGUAGUCUGUGUGCUCAGAGAGAAGGAGAUGUUAUUAUAGGUCUCACGCGACCUAAACCAUCAGUUGAUUCAAUGGGCGAGGCUUCCCACAUCAAGAAUGCAUCUCAAGGCGAUGUCCCCUUUUCAGGUCCUCUUCAAGUUUCUGGAUCAAGUGGUUUUGCAUGGGCGAAAAGACGCUUUGAUGAUUCGUCAAUGAGAUCGAGGAGUAAAUCAAGUUCAAGAAGCCUAAAGUUUGAACCUUCAGGUGCACUUCAUAUUAAAAAUAGCCUGGAGCUAAAAAGACAAGACAGUGAAGCUACAAAAGGAAGUCGGACCAAUUCCAAGGGCCGUGACACCUAUGAAUUCACCAAGCAUGCAAUGCAACAACAUUGGAGCCAAUUAGAGCAAACAGACUCGUUUGAUGCUUCUGAUGGCUACCACUCACAAGAACUGUCUCUAGCUCUCUAUCUUAAAGAGGAAACAGCUUUCAAGAGGAUCAAUGUGAUUCAGGAUCAAGGGGACAAAGUUGAAUUCUCGGGACCCUUGCUAUCUCAAUCACACAGGGUUGACGAACUCCUAGAGAGACAUGAGCGCCAGAUCCGCCAAGCUGUUCGACGAUCAUGGUUCCAAAGAGUGAGGAAAAAUGGAAACUGAUUGCGUGGUGCUCCCAAUUCACACGGUAUACAAAAAAGAAAUCAGGUACAUGAAUUUUGACGGUGAGGAUUCAUAACAAACAACAAGGUCAUAUACUCUGAAGUAGCCGAAUCCAGGGAGCUGUUGAUCUCGAUCCCUAGCAGUGUGCUGGUGACUAACAACGCUAAAAACCAACUCUAUUCAAGAGCUGAAAGUGCUUCAAGAUAAUAAGGGCUGUUCAUUCUUCAUUCUUUCAAUUUGUUAAGGCCCUGAAAACAAUUUCCCCGAGUAUUUCUCGGCAAAUGUAUAGUUCUUAGCUGUCAAAAAUCACUCACUCAUGUUUACCCUUCAUCACAAGAGUAGUGAGUGUAUUUUGUACCUUGCUGAUACAUAUACUUGUUUCAAGGCGGCCGAGUUAAGAGUCCCGGCAUGUCAUGUUUAGAGAACACCAUUGUCAUUGUCCAAGAAAAUCCAAGUAGAACUAGGAAAAAGAUGCAUAUUUUCCCCCCAAAAUAGUAGAGAUAUAGAAUGUGAUUAUAUGAGAGCUGAUAAUAUUAGGUAUGUAAUGUUGAUAGGACCACAUGACCACAUUCUGCUGGAGGAUAAUGAUGUGUGUGAUAUGAUAUCAAAUCAUUGCUAUGUGAGUUUUGAUAA